AUGUCUGACAACGAGGGAACCACUAAAAAGAGCGGUUAUCGCCUGGAAUACGCGAGUUCUGCCAGAUCCAAAUGUAAAGGUCCUAAGCCCUGCGCUGGUAGUCCAAUCACCAAAGGGGAGCUUCGUGUUGGGUCUGUCGUCGAUUUCAGGGGGAACACUAGCUAUUCAUGGCGCCAUUGGGGUUGCACGACUGCCAAGAUCCUAUCCAACAUGAAAUCUCAAUUUGAAUCCGCCGAUGAACUCGAUGGUUUCGAUGACCUUAAAGACGAAGAUAAAGAACGCCUUCGCAAAGCAUGGGACGAAGGCAAGGUUGCUGACGAGGACAUCCCAGAAACAGCAAGGAAAGCUCCUGGAGAAGAGGCCGAGGAAGAUGAGGAGAAGCCCAAGAAGAGGGCACCAGCAAAAGCCAAGAAAGACGCAGGUGGAGAGGAUGGUGAGAAGCCAAAGAAAAAACGUGCACCUGCAAAGGCCAAGAAAGUGGAGGACGAGGGAGAUGAGGAUACUGAAGACAAGCCAAAGAAGGCUCCUGCGAGGAAGCCUCGGAAAGCUGCAGCUUCGUCAGACGCUGAAGAUAAGGGAGAGUCUGAGGAGAAACCCAAGAAGCGUGCGCCUACGAGAAAGCCUGCCGCCGAGAAGAAAGUGGCCGAGAAGAAGGCUCCAGCGAAGAAGCGAGCUCCUAAGAAGAAAGACGAAGAGGAGGAAUCCGGUGAAGACUUUGCAGAAGCGAUUGCCGAGGUUCAAGAGGAGGAGGAAGAGGCAGAAGAGUCUAACAAGAAGCGCAAGCGACCCACUUCUUCGAAGCCAGCAUCCACUGCCAAGAAAGUAAAAGUAGCUUCCAAGGCAAAGAAGUCGAAGGAAGUUCUCGAAGAGGAAGAAGACAACGAGUAG